AUGAGAGAAGUCAUUCGUGUUAGAGACUUUCCUCAAAGUAAAGUACAAGAAAUUUCUGACGCAACAGGUAUAGCAUUUAAUGUUACCAUUGGUUACUUCAAUGACUCAAGAUAUAAUGAAAUAAAGAGAUACAUACCAAAAGAAUGUGAAACUGUUCGAACUAUUGACCUACUUCUUGUUGAAGACCACUACAUGCUAAACGAAAGACUUCCAAUGACAACAUACUUCGUCAGAAAUUACAAAGAAAUCUUGAAGGAGUGUGGUGGAAUGAACAUUGAGAAACAGAUGAAAAUAUAUACAAAGAGAGAGAACAAAUAUGUAGUUCGUUAUGAUAGAACUACACCGCUAUGGGAUGUUAUGAAAACAUUGUGGGAGUGCAAAUAUUUCGAACCUAUUUCUUAUGGAGAACUUUUCACAUAUACGACUGACUUAUAUAAACAGAACCUUGCACCAUUUAAAGAUUUGACAUAUGCUCCAAAGUAUUGUGUACAACUGAAGAAGAAAGCAGAGUCAAAAGAAGUAAAUAAAAAUAAGUGCAAGUUCAUUCCUGAGCACGUUUUCUUUGCUGACUUUGAGUGUAGUACCGAUGGCUUUCAUAAAGCUUUUAACAUAUGUUACGACAGUGAAGAUGGUUCAGUGAGUGAAAGCAUUUGGGGUCAGAACUGUGCAACAGAAUUUUUGGAACGACUUCCUGACAAGAGUUUAAUAUAUUUCCAUAACCUCAGCUAUGAUAUAAACUUCAUCUUAAGACACAUGACAGAAGUGAAAGGAACUCCCAUCAUUAAAGGUUCACGAACAAUGCAAAUAACUGGCUUAUAUAAAGGAAGGGCAAUUAUUAUAAAAGACUCUUACAGUGUUAUAAAUAAGAAGCUUAAACUAUUUCCUGCUAUGUUUAACUUACAAACAGGACCGAAAGAAGUAUUUCCAUAUAACUACUACAGCAGUACUUUGUUAGCAAAUGACAACAGAACUGGUGUCAUUUCUGAAGCAU